AUGGUUAGUGAAAUAUUGGAGACAUCUGUAAAGGAAAAAGCUAUUGGAAAAACAUAUAAGGCGUUUUGGCCGUACUUCGAUCAAGAAUUAAAUCAACAAGGGUAUCUAAUUGAAAGAAAAGUUUGGGUUAGGCCGAAAAGUUCUCAAUGGUUUAAUGAGAUUUUUACUCAAAUGGAGGAAUGUGAAUUUAAAGAGCAUUUUCGAGUAAAUCGUAACACAUUUUAUUUCCUAGUUAAUGAAUUGCAUCCACAUUUAGGCAAAACUACCACAACUACGCGAGAACCUAUUUCAGUAGUAAAACGUGUUGCAGUUGCAUUACAUUAUCUAGCUUCAUGUAUAGAGUAUCGUGUUGUGUCUAGCCUUUUUGACAUAGGAAAGUCAACAGCAAAUUUAAUUGUUCAUGAAUUUAUUAAUGCUGUUAAUGACAUUUUGCUACCUAAAUAUGUUAAAUUUCCAUUGUCAGUGGAAAAUUUAAAUAAACAUAGUAGAGAUUUCGAAGCUAUUCUUGGUUUUCCACAAUGCGUUGGAGCUGUUGAUGGAUGCCACAUCCCUAUUUUAGCCCCUAAAGAUCAAGCAAUUUCUUAUUAUAAUUAUAAAGGAUGUUUAUUUGAUAAAUGUUGUAAAGAGCUGGGCGAUUCUCUUGUUCCACUAUGUUUGAUAGGUGAUUCAGCAUAUCCUUUAACGCGUCAUUUGUUAAAACCUUAUCCUGAAAAUUUGGAGCUUAGUGAAAUUCAAAAAAAUUUCAAUAAAAUACUUUGCGGAGCCAGAAGAGUAGUUGAGAAUGCUUUUGGGCGCGUUAAAGCUCGAUUCCGUGUAAUUUGCAAACGUAUGGAAUGCGAUAUUAACUUUGCUACAAGAAUUGUUAAUGCUUGCGUCUCUCUUCACAACAUUUGUGAAUAUUAUGACGAUAUUAUUAUAAUAGAAUGGCUUAUGUAUCAUCAUGAUGACAGUCUAGCUCAACCCAAUACAGUUUCUACAACUGGGAACAAUGGACCAGGAAAAAAUGUUCGUGACUCAAUUGCUAAAUACCUUUAUAAAAGGGACAAGUAA